AGGUCUGAAGGUUGAAGUGACUCAUGUGGAACAAUGAGCCGGAAAUACCGUGUUUGUAAUGUAACAAGAAGACCUGCCAGUCAUCAAACCUUUCCCUUACAGCUAGAAAAUGGCCAAACUGUGGAGAGAACAGUAGCUCAGUAUUUCAGAGAAAAGUACACUCUUCAGCUGAAGUACCCACACCUUCCCUGUCUGCAAGUGGGACAGGAGCAGAAACAUACCUACCUGCCGCUGGAAGUCUGUAAUAUUGUGGCAGGACAACGAUGUAUCAAGAAGCUAACAGACAAUCAGACUUCGACUAUGAUCAAGGCAACAGCAAGAUCUGCACCAGAUAGACAAGAAGAAAUUAGCAGAUUGGUAAGAAGUGCAAAUUAUGAAACAGAUCCAUUUGUUCAGGAGUUUCAAUUUAAAGUUCGAGAUGAAAUGGCCCAUGUAACCGGACGUGUACUUCCGGCACCUAUGCUCCAGUAUGGAGGACGGAAUCGGACAGUGGCAACACCAAGCCAUGGAGUAUGGGAUAUGCGAGGGAAACAGUUCCACACAGGAGUUGAAAUCAAAAUGUGGGCUAUAGCUUGUUUUGCCACACAGAGGCAGUGCAGAGAAGAAAUACUGAAGGGUUUCACAGACCAACUGCGUAAGAUUUCCAAGGAUGCAGGAAUGCCCAUCCAGGGCCAGCCAUGCUUCUGCAAAUAUGCACAAGGUGCAGACAGUGUAGAGCCCAUGUUCCGACAUCUCAAGAAUACAUAUUCUGGGUUACAGCUCAUUAUUGUCAUCCUGCCAGGAAAGACACCAGUGUAUGCGGAGGUGAAACGUGUAGGAGAUACACUUUUGGGUAUGGCUACACAAUGUGUGCAAGUCAAGAAUGUAAUAAAAACAUCUCCUCAAACUCUCUCAAAUUUGUGCCUAAAGAUUAAUGUCAAACUCGGAGGGAUCAAUAAUAUUCUUGUACCUCAUCAAAGACCUUCUGUGUUCCAGCAACCAGUGAUCUUUUUGGGAGCAGAUGUCACUCAUCCACCUGCUGGUGAUGGAAAGAAGCCUUCUAUUGCUGCUGUUGUAGGUAGUAUGGAUGCCCACCCAAGCAGAUACUGUGCCACAGUAAGAGUUCAGAGACCCCGGCAGGAGAUCAUCCAGGACUUGGCAUCCAUGGUCCGGGAACUUCUCAUUCAAUUUUAUAAGUCAACUCGGUUCAAACCUACUCGUAUCAUCUUUUAUCGGGAUGGUGUUUCAGAGGGACAAUUUAGACAGGUGUUAUAUUAUGAACUACUAGCAAUUCGAGAAGCCUGCAUCAGUUUGGAGAAAGACUAUCAACCUGGAAUAACCUACAUUGUAGUGCAGAAGAGACAUCACACUCGACUAUUUUGUGCUGAUAGGACAGAAAGGGUUGGAAGAAGUGGCAAUAUCCCAGCUGGAACAACAGUCGAUACAGACAUUACACACCCAUAUGAGUUUGAUUUUUACCUCUGUAGCCAUGCUGGAAUACAGGGUACCAGCCGUCCUUCACACUAUCAUGUUUUGUGGGAUGAUAACUGCUUUACUGCAGAUGAACUUCAGCUGCUAACUUACCAGCUCUGCCACACUUAUGUACGCUGUACACGAUCUGUUUCUAUACCUGCACCAGCGUAUUAUGCUCACCUGGUAGCAUUCAGAGCCAGAUAUCAUCUUGUGGACAAAGAACAUGACAGUGCCGAAGGAAGCCACGUUUCAGGACAGAGCAAUGGGCGAGAUCCACAAGCUCUUGCCAAGGCUGUACAGAUUCACCAAGAUACCUUACGCACAAUGUACUUUGCUUAAGUUCAAGGAAGAACUGAAAGAUGCAUCGACACACAGCGUAUGUUUUGAGUGAGGCGAUUGAGUAGGGACACCUACAGCCAUACAAAAGCCAGCGCUGUGUGGAUAUCUGCUUCUUAUGUUGAUAGAAGGAAAAUUGUUUACUUCAUCAAGGAACGCAGCACCAUUAUGCAAUAUGAAACCAGCCAGCUGCUUUUUGUGCGGUCUCCUGUAGGAAGUAUCGCGAUUGUUUUGUUUUCACUUCUUAUAGUCUAACCCUUUUAAUGCCUUUACCUCAAGUUGCUUGGCAGCACAACUAUCUUUGCAAAAAAAAGUAAAUGAUGGUUUAAAAAACACACACCUACAUGAAUAAUCAAAGUGAUUGUUCACAAUUAUGUGUGCAAAAAAAUUAAUGUGCAUUCAUAUAUUCUUGUAAAAGGAGUCUGUGUAUUUUUUAAAUAUAUAUGUGUAUAUGCAUAUAUAUCUGAAUCUAGAUAAUAGAUAUAUAUGUGUCUGUGUAUAUAUUUUAUAGUUCAUUCCACUGGGGAGUUUUCUUUCCCUUUUAUCCUCCCCUCACUACCACCUUUAUUUCCCUCUCUACCUUCCUUGCCUUCAUCAUCUACAUUUUUUUCCUUAAUGCUACCAGUGACAUUCAGAUGUUCAUAUGUAUGAUUCAUUUGAAUGUGAAGCAUGGCAAACUACAGAUUUAUAUUUUAUUUUGUACACCUUAUACCUGUCUCCUAUCUCAUACACAAUUCUGAGUCCUCAACUCUUGACACUGCGUUUCUUAUGAGUGUAUGUCCGCUCCCUCCUGCUCUGAACUUAUAUUUGCCAUUCGUGCAAUGUGUACAUAAGUAGUAGCAAACUAAAUGAUUCUUUUUCUUGAGUUUGUUGAAGCUGCUAUAAAUAUAAAACCUUGUCAAAAAUUGUAACUUUUUCUCUCUGAUAAGUCAUAAAUAAUUCUAGAAUCUUCUGUUUCUAUGAGUUACACAUGGAAAUCCCUUAAAUCUUUUAUAAACAGUUAAGUAUUUUCAAAGAUUGCAACUCUGUAGGGUUGAGGCCUCUGAAAUUGGGUGGAGAGAGAGAGAAAAGGGAUUGUUGGGGGGGUAUUUUGUUUUUUGCUACUUUACUUGCUGCCUCUCAUACCUUAAUGUGAUUUCCAUAUAUAUAUUUUUAUAUAUAUGUAUGUGUGUAUAUAUAAACAUAUAUGUAUGUGUUUUGAAGUACAGCUUCCUUUUCUUUUAUAUUUAUUAGGAUAGUGCUUUAAUAAUUAUAGAACUGUAUUGGCAGCAUCUUUUAUAGAAAUAUAAUCAUGUUUAUUUUAAGAACCAACAACUUGUUUUUGCUAUCUUUUAGUGCAAUAAGCAGUUUUAAAGGACAGUUGUGUCUGUUUGACAUCUUUACCACAGAUAGUAGGAGAAACAGGCACCUCCAUUAUUUUAAAAGGGCAAAGUAAUACAGCCUUAAUUUCAGAAGGAAAGUUUCGUAAUUUUCAAUUUUAAUGCAUGUAUUUUAAAAUUUAUAAUGAAAAUGAAGGAAGUAAAAUUACCUAAACGAAUCUGACCUUGAAUAUUAGAAAUAAAGUUGCACUUUGAUUUAAGAAAUAAUAAUGAAGAACUUAAGAUUUAAAAGAUUUUUUAAUUAUUUGAAAAUAGAUCAUGUUUAUUGAAGAAUCAUAUGGGCAAAGUACCCAUUUUAUUUACUAAAAUGAGUCAGGAAAAUACAGAAUGGUAUUUUUAAAAGAUUUUUUUGCUGAUUUAUCUCUAGUGUAACUUUCUUUUUAAAAUUAAGGUGAUGGUAACAAAGAAAUUUAAGACUUUGAGCAUUUUAAAUGAGUUAAAUCACUGAAAUGUGAGGAAAACUUUAACAGAACUUUUGUUUUAUUGAUUUUACUUCAAGGUAUUAAAAAGUACUAUUAAUCUGUCAAAACCAAGUUUAUCAGUAACGUUGGAGUCAGGGGAGCUUUGCACUUUGUAACUCAUAAAAAUUGCAUUUUGAGGGUUUUUUGUUUUGUUUUUUAACACUGGUUCAAAGUGUAGAUAUUACAGAUUGUUUCCAGAGGGCAUUGGUGCAGCCUUUCAGAAUUCCAUCUGCACAUGAAAACUAAUGGAUUUAGACCUUUAGUUUCUCUCAGACCUGUAAUCCACUAUUAUUGCCAAUUUACUGUAUUUUGAGCCUAAAAUCUGAGCCCAUGUCCUCCUACAGGCAUGAAAUCUUUUGUCCCUUUGCCAGAAAACUAAAAAAGUACUGUAUUUUGUAUGAUUAUUAUUUUGAAGUAUCUGAAAUGCAAUUUACAACACUGUUUCAAAGCACUUUACAUAAGAUAAUAUUUGUAUAGGAUAUACAGUUUUUUCUUCCAGCCUUCUCUCAUCUUCUCUCCCCCAGAUUCCUUUAAUACAUGUUUGGGUUUUUGUUUGCUUAAUUUUUGUUUUGUCUUUGUUUGUUUUAUGAGACAGGGUCUCACUGUGUUGCCCAGACUGUUUUUAAAGUCGGGGACUCAAGUGAUCCUCCCACCUGAGCCUCCCCAGUAGCUGUGACUACAGGUAUGCACCAUCUGGCUGUUAUUUUAUACUGAAGUUUCACUGAAUAUAGUCAGGAACAUAGGAAAGAGAAGAAAAUAGUAUAUCCUAAAGGUAAAAACUUGAGUGGUCCGUGCUUGCUCAGUAUAAUGAAGCCAUCUUCCUUUGUCUGUGGCAUCUGUACAUAUUCAUGUGAGAGACUUUAGGGAGCAACUGUGGAUACCAUGUCCCUAUUUACUACUUUUCCUAAUUUUCAGUCACUUAGGCUCAUAUCAGCUAAGUGAAACCCUUAACUUAAAUCUAUUUGGAAGGAGUUUUUUAAGAAGAAAAAUAUUUUUUCUAAAAUGUAAAGUUUUACCUUCUGAGUGAUUUCUUUCUUAGAGUGCUCUUAAAACUCUUCAGCACUGUUGGUUUAAGAUUAUUAACUUGGAAGAAUAUGUCUAGUAAAUUUCUAUUUUGCUUACUAAUAAGUUGGUAUAACAAACUUAAUUAUAAGAAACCUGUGCUUUGAAUUUUAAGAUAAAAGACUAAGUGGCAAUUGCCUCUUGAAAAUUGUUCUAAUUAUUUUUGCACUCUGGAUAGAAUUCCUAAUCAUUUUGUUUUAAAAAAAAAAACUUUUGUUUUUAAUUUAAACAUCAUGAAACUCAACAGUGAUGUUUCUACCCUUACCCUUACUAACUAUAAGAUGAAUGCUAAAUUUUGGUCUGCUGUUUUCUGUGACGUAUCUCAUAAGAGUAACUUUAAAAUGUCAGUCACAGAAACUUUUAUAAUUGAUUUUCAUGUGAAGAAAUAGGAGUUUGGCAUGAGGGUGUAGCUCGGUGGUAGAGUACUUGCUGAGCAUGUGGGAGGCUCAAUCCCAGCAAUGCAAACAAAAACAGAAUAGUUGGGGAUUUGAUAUAUCUUCUUGAUGGUAAAUUCAUCUAUGUAAAGUGCCCCAUACAUGUUAUUAUAUUAUUAUAGUAUCAAGUGACUGGCAUGAGGACCACACAUUUAUAAUACUGUAGCUGCUAUAUUUAUUCAAGUUGACAGUUACUGCACUAAAGAAGGAGAUGAGCAGGAUUCAAGGCUACUGUUGUUUUUCUAAGAUUAAGGACAUGAGAUAUCAAGGUAACAAAGGGUGCUGCCAUUUUAGUUUCAGUUUAUUGUCAGAAUAUCCUUGUUUUAGGAAUGUGGAUUUUUACUUUUACACUUUGAAGAAGGGUACCUCAGCCUCCUCAGUACUGGUUUUGGCAUAUUUUCACAGAAAUACGGAUGCCCUUUCUUAAUAGUUACCUUUUAACAAGUUUCUUGGAAAAACUAUAUAACAAGUUCCAUGAAAAUAUUCUUGUUUAUAACCUUUUAAUUUAUUUCUCUGCUUAGAAGAGAGUAGAAGGGAUUCUAGAAGGAUGUACUAGGUGUUUUGGAAGGCCCCUCAACAAAGAUUCAUCUCUACCCAGCUUUCUAGACCAAUGGGAGUUUUCUAAGCUAGAUCAUCUGUGACCCACCAUGACCUAAUGUUGACUUGUAUCUUCUCUGAUGGAUCUUAGGAUAACAGGCAUGACUGACUGGGAAUCAUGACAAGACUUAUGGCAUGCCUAGGGAAAUAAAAGCUGAGCUGCUAUUCAGUAGAAAGGGCUAGCAGAGGAUCCCAGUAUCAGAGGAAGGAGUGAGCAAGCACUCCGUGCCAGCAGUGAAUCUGAAGUCCAAAACGGACACCAAGAAAUGGGUGGGUCUUUCCAGAGGCUCAUGACUUUGCCAAAGGCAGUGAUUUUUAUGAAAUUCAAUAGCCUUUUGGACGUCACUAGAAUAUUUUUUAGUCUUCCUAUUUGACACUUGAUAAUAAUGGUUUGUCACAAAAUUUAACUGAAAACUGUAUAAUUUUCAUUCAGUGACAUUAAACCUGGGGUAAAUGUCUAAAUCAUCCUCUUAGCUUUUCUCCAAUUGAAGAAAAAAGACUACCUUUAACAGUAUCUUGCCACUUAAAUUAUGAGUUCAAGCUGCAAAAAGACAUCAUUAGUCCACCAUAUUUAUAUCAGCUUUUUUAUCCAUAUAAGUUGUUAGUCCUUUUCAUUCUUUUUGAGAAUUUGUGGAUAUCUUAAAGCUUCAAUAGUAAUAGUUGAAAAAAAAAUAGUAAUAGUUGGGGACUUCAUAUCAAGUGAGGUAGGCCGUCCUGACUGGUAGUAUAACCUUGAUUUAGGGUGUGUCUUUGUUUUGCUAUUUCCUUCUCAUUUGAUCAUAUAAAGCACUUUGGUGAUUCCAUAGAAGUCAAAAAAUAGGCCAAGCAUCAAUAGUAAAAUCAGUACAGAAAUCAGAGAAUUUUCUUAAAAAAAUUUUUUAAAUGGAAUUUUUUAAAAUUUCUGUUUAUACUAGGAACAUUCUUGUUCAGUGACAGUGUUAGAAAUUAUACUGUGAUUAAUGAAAGGCAAUCUGAGUCCCAGAAAGGGGAGAGGGAGAGGGAGAG